GGAAGUUCUGGACCGUUGCUAACCAAACUAACGCGUACUCUGCGGCAGUGGCUGUCCUGCAGCGUGAACUGAAAUGAGUUACGUAUUAAUGGUUUAAGCUUCUGGAGAAGGAUGCAUUGCUCGGACGAGUGCGUGACCGUGGGGCGCCCUGACUCACCUUGCCUGGCGCGGGUGUCUGGCCUAGUGAACCCCACCCCUGUUGAUGCUGAAGAGCUGGAGCUGCUGGCGGAGCUGCAUCUCUCCCCAGAGAAGCUGCGAGCGCUGACUGGGGCGGAGGACCUGAACGAAGUCACCGUGCUGGAGCUGUGCGUCGACACGCGUCAGAGCACUCUGAGCAACCUCGGCUCCUACUUGCCCAAGCUGGUCCAGCUGAAGAUGAACGGCAGUGUUAUUGCAUCGGUGAGGGACCUGGGUACGACGUUCUCUCGCUUGCAGGUCCUGUGGAUGGCUCGCUGCGGCCUCGCCGACUUGGACGGGAUUCUCGCCUUCGCCUCCCUCAAGGAGCUGUAUGUGGCCUACAACGAGAUUUCGGAUCUCAGCCACAUCAGCCUGCUGGAGCACCUGGAGAUACUGGACCUGGAGGGGAACAGCGUGGACGACCUGAGCCAGGUGCAGUACCUGGGCUUGUGCGGCAGCCUUAGGGCCCUGACUCUGGACGGCAACCCGAUGUGCGCACGGCCACACCCUGACGCUCCCCAGACGGAGCUCUAUUGCUACCGGUCGGCAGUGAGACAACUGCUCCCGCGGCUGCACUACCUGGACGACGUCCCGGCCGGGGACACGGGCGCCCGCUGCGGCGCAGACUCCUUGGAGGACCGGGCUCUCAUCAGGGAGUCCAUCAAGGAGGCAGUCUCCGGGCCGCCAGAGGAGAGAGCAGCCAGCGCGGGUUUCUCCUUUCGGCCGGGUUCGGCCCAGCGUCCCGGAACGACUCCCCGACCCCUCAGCGGAGCCACAAGCAGACCUGGUACCGCCAGGUCAAUGUGCUCUGCCGGCUCCAGGCCUGGCUCGGCAGAUUCGGGCCCGAAGUGCAUAGACCCGGGAGCCAGCGAUCUGACCCACGGCACCGGGCAGGUCAUGUGUGGGAACCCAGGACAAGCUCUCCGCACGCGCCACCGGAAGAUGAACCUCCUGGACCUCAGAAGCGAGGACCCCAACCCCUUUGCCCACCUCCAGCACGUCCCGGAGCGCUCCUUUGACCUGGACGAGCACGACGGCAAGGACCCCGGAGACGUGUUGGCGGAGCUGAUGGUCUGGAGGGAGAAGCACAACAGUCGGCUCAUCGCCAUAGAGAGGGACCGUCAGGCGCAGGUGAUGAAAGUGUCCCACAGUGAUGGCGAGGACGAUGAGGAUGAGGAAGAGGGCAGCAGAGGUUCAACUCUCAGCUCCAUGAGCGAUGAGGAGGAAGGUGGAUGCGGAGGAGCUGGAAUCGAUCACUGGAGCAGCGUGGAGUCACCAGACUCCUCCUUCCAGUCUCCUGGCCCAGAAUUUCUGCACGAGAGAGAGGCUGCGUCCCCCGAUAUCCUGAGACAACCUCUGUCUCCAGAUCUCCCUCUGUUCCCGUCUCCACCCCUUAUGCCCGUGGCACCCCCCGCUGGCCGCAAGGUAUUGUCGGAGAUGCGAAGGCGCAGGUUCCGCUUCAAGGUUCCGGAAAUGGAGGUUGUGAAGGACACAGAUGAGUCCGUUACUACGGAGACUGGAGGACGGACAGGUGUGCCGGUGUUGAAGGCCAGGAACCCAAAGAUCCCUCCAGCCCCGGGUCCCUGCAGCGCUUGGCCCCAGAGACCCACGUCCAGCCCUGCCGCUCCACGCAGCAGGAUGAAUGGGAGCGCUGAGCUCCACCCUGUCAACAGCCAUCAUCCCGACCCUGACGCAUCCUCUCACCUGGUACCCCUUCCACCCGCCUGCCCCCGCCCCCACACUGCCAGGGCUGCCAUCCAGAGACCCCCCAGGCGGCCGGUUUUCACACCCGAUCGGGGUUCCACUCACUGCAGCUGAAGUCCUGCUGCCUCUGGCAUUAGUGGAGCUCUGCACUGGGGGCUUUCUCACUUUGGCGAACAUUUAUUAUUGCUUCGCUGGCAAGUACACUUUGAAGGGCGGUAUCAUAAUAUCAGGUUUUUGCAAUAUUUUAAGGAAUUUUAAUCAUUUUCAGCAACUACUUGUAAAGGACGGAAGGAAAGGACUCAAUGUAAAAUAUAUCUAUAUUUUUGUGGGAGGAUUGAAUUAAAAGCGACUACUGAUCACAUAUUUUUGUUACAAUAAAACGAAAGUUAUGUUGCCUGAAAAGUGCAGCUAUGAAAGUGCAUGUGAAA